GAAGUGUACCCAGUCGCCAUGGCAACCCUCCUGCAGCUGAGCAGCCACAAAGGAGCCAGAAGCUGCAGAGCAGAAAGAGGUGCAGGCCUGGGAGGAGGACCUAGAAAGCAGCUCCCCUCUGGUCCAGAGCCAUGCCGGCUACGGCUGCCUCAGCUGAAGUUCCAAAGAAGCGAAGAUCCAAGAACAUUCAUGAGGCUGUGAAAAGUGGGAAUGUGGAACAGCUUGCAGAGUGGGUGAAUUCUGGAGUCAGCAUCAACGCGGUGGAUCCCAUCUACAAACUGACACCCUUGCAUUGGGCAGCACAUUCUGGGAGUCUGGAGUGCCUUCAGUGGCUGCUCUGGCAUGGAGCUGAUAGGACAGACGUGACGAUGAGAGGCUGGACCGUGGCUCACCUUGCUGCUAUCAGAGGUCAGGAUGCAUGCAUGCAGGCUCUCCUUGUUGAUGGUGUGAACCUAGGAGCUCAGGACGAUCGAGGGUGUACCCCGGCACAUCUAGCGGCAGCUCACGGACAGUCAUACACUCUGCAAACUAUACUCCGGAGUGGGGCGGAUGUGAAUGUUUCUGAUCAGUAUGACUGGAAGCCCAUUCACAAUGCUGCCUUCCAUGGCCGCCUAGGUUGUCUGCAACUUCUUGUUCGAUGGGGAGCUACUUUAGACGAUGUGGAUAACAAUGGAAAUCUUCCAGUUCAUCUGGCGGCCGUGGAGGGCCAUUUGCAUGCUUUUAAGUUCUUGUUGAGCAAGAUGCCUUCUUUGAGCCAUACCUUGAAAGCCACGAACGACCACGGGGAGACCUCAAGGGACCUGGCGCAGAGGUUCUACAAGACCAAUAUUGUGGAGUAUAUUGAUCUUCUGCAGAAAGAGAGAGCUCAGCUGAAAAAGGAGACAGGGCUAACAUUUCCAGGUCAUGAUGCUGCCUAUAGAGGGGAUGUGGACACCUUAAGAUCGUUACUGGAAGACAGAGUCAUCAAUAUCAACGAGCGGGAUGAUAAGGGAGCCACUCUCUUGCACAAAGCUGCCGGGCAAGGUCAUCUGCAUGUCCUAGAGUGGCUGAUCAAUAGGGAAGCAGACUGUAACAUCGCCAACGAUGCUGGAGAGACACCCAAAGACACUGCCAAGAGGUUUGCCCAGUUGGCUGCUGCUGAAUAUUUGAAAAAGAAAAUGGGAAAUGACUCUGAGGAGGAAAUUGAUGAAGAGGACGUGCGGUUCUUUGAAAGACACAGUGUGGAGGGGAGCACGGACUGCAAGGAAAGUGUGCAUGUAGACAAGCAGAGCAAAACGGAUGCUCGCGCAAGAGCCUAUCAGAAGAUCACAGAACUGAAGCAGCAGCUCGAAAUCGCCGUCAGCAACUUCAAGCUGCUUGGAGGAAUAACUAUCGAGGAGAGGCAGAAGAAAACAGAAGAGAGGCAGCUGGUCAAAACCGUUGCUGAGCUGCAGGCACAGCUGGAGUACGAGCGAUUGCGACGGGAAGAGCUGGAGGCCCAGGUGGAUGCGUAUCGGGAGGAGAUAAAGAAGCUCAAAGAGCAGCAGGAGAAGCAGGAGAAACCUCAGCUCUCCCUCUCUGCGGAGCCCUCUGUCUGUAAAGUGAACUCCGAGGCUGGCAAGGAGAAAAAGAAAGUGGUGACGAGAAAGCCCCUCUAUAGCCCUGGGGGAGUGUUCGUGAGAAGAUUCUAAGGAGGACUAAAUGGAGAGUUGUGGUCCUCCCAGGCAUCUUGCUGGAACGAUAGGAAGAUUUAAGAGGAAGGUCUUCAGCCAAAGAAUGCAGUUCCUCUGGGGAGGUUUGCAGCCUAAACCAAUUCUAAUUAACAGUGCCAUAGCCAGAAUUUCGACUGCAAUGCAUCUACUCCAGUACGCCCGAGAUACACAUCAGCUCAGGGUUUGAUAUCACCCUAAAGGUACAAGACAGCAGGCAGGUUGUCUCAGCAGCCAGAGGGAACACUCAAAUGGGUUACCAAUUAAGAUGCAUUAGCAUUUUGUUUAAAGACUCAGUUGUCAGUUUCCAUCUCAACCAAGCACCAGGGAGCAGCUUAGAAACAGAAAAAUAAUUCAAAAUGAUAUGCGGCAAUAAAACGGUUCAAUAAAAGCCAGUUGAGCUGAUUGAAUGCAAUAAAAAUGUAUCAAUCCUAUUAAAAAGCAGCAAGCAGUAAAGCUCUAGCGGUUAAGACGCAGAGCGAUGUCCUCUCCAAUGAAGGCAUACCACCAGCCUUCUCUCAGGUUAGGUUUGCACAACAUUGGCCCCUACAACUCCCAUCAUCCCAGACUAUGGGCCUCUGUGGCUGAGGAUGAUGGGAGUCGUAGCCCAACAGCAGUUGGAGUUGUGCAGCCUUGUCCCAGCUCAACAAAGGCCCGCCUUAAACAGAAAGGUCUUUGCCGUUCUUCUAAAGCAGGGGUGUCUCCUGAGAUGUUGGCCUACAACUCCCAUAAUCCUUGACUAUUGGCCUCUGUGGCUGGGGAUGAUGGGAGUUGCAGUCUGACAAUGGCUGGAGGGCCAAGGUUGGACACCCUUGUUCUAAAGGCUAGAAUUGAGCUGGCCUAACAGACCCCUCCCAAAUGGGGAGAAGACCCUCAAUUGUACCGACACACAAAAUGCCCAUUGGGAGGGGAAUCCAAAGCAGGGGUCCCUCUGCAAAUGUGAAGGUGUGUUGGGGCAUGGAUAGAGGAUGACCCCCGCCCCCUAAGAUCCCAUGUCCCUUGGGAGCACAGUCCAUUAGGAGGGGCUGGCUGCCUCGCCGGCACCUCCCACUUCCCAUGUUGUAUUGGGCCACACCAAUGUGUCCCAUGUGAACAAACAACUAGCAUGAACAAAUUUUGCAAAGAACGCAUUUGUUUCAUUCUGCGUAUAAUGAAAGGGAUGCAAUGGGAAACAAUGGUCUCAUCACAGUUUCAAACCACAAUCUGGCACAUCCAGUGAACGGCAAGUUGGAAACGUGUGAGCCAGGGGCUCAUUCCCUAUCACAGCCAAUGAGUGAGCGAAGUCCAAGACCAGAAGGAAUAUGUGGAGUGUUAUACCAUUGCCUGGGUCUGUGGUCUGUGUGGGGCUCUGGAUUUUUGGUCAGCAUACGACAAUACACAUUUCCUAGUUAAGUGCUGGAGUGUCUCAGCUGGUUCUGCUGCCCCCACCAGACCACAGCACCUCUCUUCAGUUCUGGCUUCAUCCGCAGCCGGACCCCACACCCACCCUGCCCCAGAGUAACAGCCUCCCACACCGAGAGCUUGCCAUCAGUGUCGCUGCCCUCGACAUGUGCUGUAAAUGGAUUGUGCAAGAGCAUAGGCAAAGCUUAUAACUCUUCUUAGAGUCACUGGACUACCCUAUACUAUCCCACAAUGGCCGACAUGCUCUGCAAUAAUUUGUCUGCCUUUUAGCGGAACAUGCAAGCAGUUGUGCAGAAGUGGGGUCUUGCAGAAAUGCAUGAAAUCGCACAAACAGCUGCAUGCUCAACAGCCAAUGGAAACAAUGACUGCUGAUUGUGCAGUUGCAUUUGCACAAUUUCCUAUGCGUGCACAAGAGUGCUCACGUGCAACUGCACACGUGUACCAUUGCAAGGCAGACGGAACAUGGUGCAGUAUAUCAGCCACUCAUUCCAAUACACAUGCCAACAGGAAAAGAGAAUAUAAAAAUAAAAAUAAAAAUAAAAAUGCAGUUUUCUAAUAUGGGUAGAAUUCUAGCCAAAAAGCAAUUCCAUCUAUGGACUCGGGGUGUGUGCAAGAGACCUGACCUUGAUGACCUUAAGGUGUUCCAAAAACACCACAGCAUGGUUUUAAAUCUCCCGCAGAAAAAACUUCAGGCAGAUAUAACUGUCUGUGUUCCGUUCUGGGUUCCUGCUGCUUUACAAUAACCAGACUUAGAGAGGUGUCCCAUAUUGCAUAGUGCUGAUUUCUGGUUGAAACCAUUUAUUUUUUAAUAACAAAAAGUGUUGUACAAGACACACAGCCUCACACUCAGCCAUCCCUCUUUGCCCAAAAUGCACAUCUUACGGAUUCAGAGCUCUGUUUAGACAGGGAGGAGGAUUAUGAUCACAGCAAGGUGAUCCCCACGCAGGUCAGAGCCAUGAACGACAUCACUAAAUGCUGGAUACUGCAUAGGUAUAGCAAUGGCGAGCUGGGAGAAAAUGCACUAGCAAGAACAGUGUUUUCUGUUCUCUUAAAUCCAAUCACUAUUUUGUCCAGUUUGAUUGGUACUGUAUCCAUCUGUUACUCUACUCAUUGAGCCUAUGGAGCAGUGCAUUUUCAGGAAUUGAAAAUUUUCUGUGGAAAAAAUAUGUGGAAAUUUUUUCCCCACUUUUCUUUUCAGGUGACUGGCUAACACCCAAACUAAUGUUACACAGGCCAAAACCGUUUCACAGAUGCAAUGGGAAUUCUGCCAGUUUCUCCUUCCCUCUGGAACACACUAUGCCUCUUGAAAAUAUGUCCCUGAAGGGCCCACAACCCUCAGGGACAUAAUUUCAGAAGGCAUAAUGGGCUGUAGAGUGAAGGGGAGAUUGGCAAAAAUCACCCCUCUCCCAUUGCGUGCAUGAAACAUUUUUUGGCACAUGCACUGUAAGUCUGGAUCAGUGUUGCCUGUCACAGGGAUUCCCAGAUGUUGACUACAAAUCCAGUGCAGCAUGCACAGCAAUUAUGCAUGCACAGCAAUUUGGAUGUGCAAAAAUUAGUUACAUUUUCAGAUUGGGGUGCUUUUACUCCCACCACCCCCUCAAAACUUGAACCAUAUAAGGAAGUAUAUGCCUUUGAGUUGUGGUGCCUUAAAAAAUGUACAGGUAUUCUAAUAAAACUUAAAUGUCCAAGUAAAGCUCUAAAUUUAUUCAAAUAAAAAAUGCAAACCAUA